ACUAACAAGUUUGUCCACCGUCUCAAUUUCAUUCAGCUCUUUGGUUCUUCCUCUUCUCAGAUUUCCCAACCAAAUUCCUCAAUCAUCGAUCUUUCGGUGUUAGAGACCAUGGCCAAAAGCUCCUUCAAGCUUCAACAUCCAUUAGCAAGAAGGCAGGCAGAGGCUGCUAGCAUUAGAGAGAAGUAUCCUGACAGAAUACCUGUCAUUGUUGAGAAAGCUGAAAGAAGUGACAUUUCAGACAUCGAUAAGAAGAAAUACCUUGUCCCGGCUGAUUUGACUGUUGGUCAAUUUGUUUAUGUUGUCCGUAAAAGGGUUAAACUCAGUGCAGAGAAGGCUAUUUUUGUUUUUGUCAAUAACACUCUACCUCCAACUGCCGCCUUGAUGUCUGCUAUUUAUGAGGAAAAUAAGGAUGACGAUGGCUUUCUUUACAUGACUUACAGUGGAGAGAACACCUUCGGAUCCCACUAGGCGCGUAUUAAUGAUAAACUCUGUAAAUAGCUGCUGCAAGAUGCAAAUUCUCUGCUGUCCAUAGGCAAUGCUUACCCUGUUUAUUGCUUAUGGUUUUGAGGAACAUUGUCCUGCACUUUGAUUAUGUGCAUCAUCUUUAAAUUAUGAAUUUCAAUGCAUUAAUUUAGAUUUUAUCAUCUCACAGCUGAAUUCUUCUUUUUCUUUUCUUUUCAAUGGUGGCCUGAAUUUUAAUCUAGUAUUC